AAUAAUUUAGUUUGAAGAUAAUUAGGCGAUAACAGAUAAAGAACAAAAUUGAUUAAAACACCCUUUAGUCGGCCGUUUGGUGCUGCCCUGGCCACUAUGGGUACCAUCAUGUUGAUCCAGAUAUUUGCCUGUCUCCUGCUAGGGGCCGUGGCAGUACCACCUGAACUGGAAUUCAUGGACAGUACUCUAAUCGAAGACCGUAGCACCAACCUGGACGACCCAAAAUACCGCCUGACUGACGCUGUACAGCCAACAGACAUGUAUGUGGAUCUGGAUGUGUAUUUGCAAGAAGCCAGAUUCAACGGCUUUGUGCGUCUGGACGUACAGACCCGUGAAGAGAAUCUACGUCAAAUAGUGAUGCAUCAAAAAGUAGUUUCCAUACAGACAGUGAACGUAGUGGAUUCGGCUGGAAGGCCCGUCAAUCUUCAAUUCCCUGAUCCCUACACAACUGACGACUAUUAUGAGAUCCUCACCAUCAAUUUCGCUAAUCCUAUCCCUAUUGGGAACUACAGCAUCAGCAUCCGCUACCAGGGCGCCAUCAACUUGAACCAGUUCGAAAGAGGCUUCUACAGAGGACACUACUUCCUGAACAACCAAAUGCGGUACUAUGCAACCACGCAGUUCCAGCCCUAUUAUGCCAGGAUGGCCUUCCCGUGCUUUGACGAGCCACAGUUCAAGUCAAGAUUCAUUAUCUCUAUCACACGUGACCCCAGCCUCAGUCCAUCCUACUCAAACAUGCCCAUUGCUCUCACAUCCACGGCCGGUGUACGACUACGUGAAACAUUUUUUCCAACUCCAAUCGUCUCUGCCUACCUUGUGGCGUUUACUGUAAGCGACUUCGUGGAAACAAAUUACACUCACACUGACACGAGACCUUUCGGGAUCGUGUCUCGUCCAGGAGUAACCAACCAACAUCCUUACGCUGCCGAAACCGGAUUAGAAAUAACCAAUGUGAUGGAUGAUUACUUUGGCAUCGAUUACAAUGACAUGGGACAGGGACAGCCUAUGAAGAACGACCACUUAGCCAUCCCCGAUUUUCCAGCUGGAGCUAUGGAAAACUGGGGUAUGGUUAAUUACAGGGAAGCCUAUCUACUUUACGACGAGAACCACACAAACCUUAUCAACAAAAUUUUCAUUGCCACUAUAAUGGCCCACGAGCUCGCACACAAGUGGUUUGGUAAUUUAGUCACUUGCUUCUGGUGGAGCAACCUUUGGCUCAAUGAGUCCUUUGCCAGCUUAUUCGAAUACUUCAGUGCUCAUGAGGCUAAUCCUUCAUUGGAGUUAGAUGACCAAUUUGUCGUGGAUCAAGUGCACAGCGCAUUAAAUUGGGACGCCGGUGCCGCGGCAACUCCAAUGAAUUUCUCAGAUGUUGACAGCAACCCAUCAAUUUCUUCUCACUUCAGUGUCACGAGCUAUGCCAAAGGAGCUUCAGUUUUGAGAAUGAUGGAACAUUUCCUAGGUCCACGCUGUUUCAGAAUGGGAUUGAGAUAUUACUUAAGAGAAAACGCUUAUGGUAUAGGCACUCCUGAAAAAUUAUACGAUGCUUUGAGAAGAGCUGCUGCGGAGGAUAUGGAAUUCAGAAGACUCUACCCGAAUGUAGAUGUGGGCGCAAUUCUCGACAAUUGGGUCCAGAAUCCUGGGUCUCCUGUGGUCAAUGUACAUGUUAAUAUGUCAACUGGUCUCAUUACGUUUACUCAGGAAAGGUUCUACGUAUGGCCAAACACGCCGAUUCCAAAUACUCGUUGGCACAUUCCAAUCACAUGGACUCACAGUGGAAACUUCAGCUUUGAAAAUACUAGACCUAGCUUUAUCUUUAGUGGUGAUUCACAUACAAUUCAGAACACACCAGGCCACAACUUUGUGAUCCUCAACAUUGCACAGUCAGGUCUAUAUCGUGUAAACUAUGAUGAUCACAAUUGGGAAAUGAUUGCUGCUUACCUCAGACGAAGCAAUAACAAUAGAUUGACUGUCCAUAAAUUGAACAGAGCUCAGAUGGUCAACGAUGUUCUAUACUUCGUCAGAGCUAGAAAGAUUAACAUUGAUAGGGCAUUUGAUGUGUUGUCAUUCCUGCGUUCUGAAACUGAUUACUACGUUUGGGCGGCUGCUAUCGGUCAGCUUAACUGGAUUAGAAACCGGUUCGAACAUCUGCCGACAGCACACGAACUGUUCACUAGAUACAUGUUGCAACAGAUGGCUACUGUUAUCAAUCAUCUCGGAUACGAUGAGAGGAGCACUGACUCUACGUCUACGAUUUUGAAUCGAAUGCAGAUCAUGAACCUGGCCUGCAACCUCGGACACGCUGGCUGCAUCAGCGAUAGUCUCCGUAAAUGGAACAGCUUCAAACAGAACUCUAGCAAUUUAGUUCCAGUGAACCAGCGCCGCUAUGUCUACUGCGUUGGUCUCAGAGAAGGCGACUCUUCAGACUAUGACUUCCUUAUGCAACAAUACAUGACUUCGGAGAACGCUGCGGACAUGGUGGUUAUACUGCGGGCUCUCGCUUGCACGAAAAACACCACUUCCUUAAAUCACUACCUUCACCAGACCCUCACCAACGACAGAAUUCGUCUUCAUGACAGAACUAAUGCUUUCACCUUCGCGCUGCAAGGAAACAGUGAAAACUUGGAUACUGUUCUCGAAUUCCUCUUCCAAAACAUCGCUGCGAUCAGGGAAGCACAUGGUGGUGCAGCGCGUUUGAAUAUCAACAUUAACAAUAUAGCGGGAUUUUUGACGAAGUUCGAAGAUAUCGAAAAAUUCCGACUGUGGGUGAAUCAAAAUCAAGUGGCAUUGGGUAGCAGUGUCUUCGCGGGCGCUGGCGUCGUCACUUCAGCAAUGAACCAACUAACCUGGGGCAGCCAAAAUGCUCUGGAUAUCCAUACCUCCGUCUUAGCCAGAAGUUCAGCAGCUACUGUUACAACAUCCUUGAUGCUGCUGUUAUCCGUGUUGGCCAUACACUUUAUACGUUAAUUUAAGCUUAAACCCUUUUUGUUUUACUAUUAUAAUGACUAUACUUUUUUAAAUAGUGUAAGAACUUUUUAUGUUUGUUAUACUCUAAUUUAUUGCACCACUAUCUUUGUUGACCAUCUAACAUUAUCGUUUGAACAGAUGGCGUUUUGUGGUUGUUUUUGUACAGAAAAAUAAAUAUUUGGUAUUAA